AUGAUUGGUACAACUGCAAUGUUGUAUGGUGGCGGUGCUGUAAGGAGUCCAUAAAUGAAGAGCGAUAAAGCGUUCAAAAUUGAAUGUAAAAUUAAUCUGGGAGUUUUAGUGAAAGAAGGAAAUAAAUGAGUUAUAUACCAAACAUAAGCAAUUAUGCAACAAAAUUAGCAGGAGUACUGGCCUAUAUGGUCCAGUAUGGUUGUAUAACGCACUGUGUUUUAGAAUAUGUUGGAGAUUUUGUUAUAUGUACAGGGCCCUCAAUGGAACCAACUAUUUAUUCAAAUGAUAUACUUCUGACUGAGCACAUAACUCCAAGGUUUCAACGCAUCAAGAAAGGUGACAUAAUAAUUGCCAAAUCUCCAUCAAAUCCUCAGAUACAUGUUUGUAAAAGAGUUACAGGGAUGCCAGGUGACAAAGUAUUAGUGGGAUUUUCAUCCAAAGUGGUUCCUCGUGGUCAUGUUUGGCUUGAAGGGGACAAUCGCAGUAAUUCAGCAGACUCUAGAAUAUAUGGUCCUGUUCCACAAGGGCUUAUUUGUGCUCGAGCUCUUUGUCGAGUUUGGCCACCAAAGGAAAUAAAAAUGUUAACACACAAAAAAGGACAAGUUAUUGUGAGAUGAUUAAAUCUGGUAUAUUCAUAAUAUGUUCCUCUCUUUCACUUUUCAUGUAAUAGUGAAUUUUUUUAUAUUAAAUCUGAUGUUUUGUGAUUUUAUGGCUCUUGCUGAAGAAUGGUCAUAAAAAAGUGUUUCCAGAUGUAUUAUGUAAAAUUUGGUACAGAAUAUUGUAGUUGGUGAAGUACAUGUGGUUGGAUAAUAUUGUAAUGAUCAUGGAAAAAACAUUGAUUAACCUUUUUUGAAA